CGGCGCACGUUAGUCUCACCCAACAUCGGUCCUUUUUAAAAUAUCAAAAGUCUCCUUUAAUUAAUACUUUAACCUCUCCCUCACACCACGACCCGCCUUUUCAAGUUUGCAUUCUCUCUCUCUCUCCGAUGACUAGUCCUAACUACAUGUACGGUCGUCGAAACGCCAGGUCUGUCACUCGGUCAACGCCGGACCACCUCCAAUACUCACCGUCCUCCUCAUACUCCGACGCCUCCACCGUCAAAAAGCAGCAGAAUCCGCUGGCUGCCGCUGCUAAAUCUUUGGCCGGUGUGUUCGUCGCCUGCUUUACUCCUCCUGAGCCGACCUCCUCUACGAAUUAUGGCGACUCUGGACCUCCGUCCGUUGUAUCAGAUGGUAGCAGAGAUAGAAGAAGAAGUUCAGGAAGAGGAACCAUCUAUGGAAGUCCACAGAAUUCAACACGUGGGAGAAUAAAAUUCACCAUGGAUGAGAUCUAUAAAGCCACUAGGAACUUUUCACCAUCUUCCAAAAUUGGACAAGGUGGGUUUGGCACUGUUUACAAGGGCAGACUUAACGAUGGAACCUUUGUGGCUAUCAAACGUGCCAAAAAGAGCGUAUACGAUAAGCAUUUAGGUGUGGAGUUUCAGAGUGAAAUUCGGACACUGGCACAAGUGGAGCACUUGAAUCUAGUAAACUUAUAUGGGUUUUUGGAACAUGAAGACGAAAGAAUUGUUGUUGUGGAGUAUGUUCCCAAUGGAACUCUCAGAGAACAUUUGGAUUGCAUGCAUAGAGACGUUCUUGAUCUUGCUACACGCCUAGAUAUUGCAAUAGAUGUGGCGCAUGCGGUCACCUACCUUCACAUGUACACAGAUCAUCCAAUUAUUCACAGGGAUAUAAAGUCAUCCAACAUUCUCCUCACCGAAAAUUUUCGAGCUAAGGUAGCUGAUUUUGGUUUUGCUAGACUGGCAGCUGAUGCUGAAUCAGGUGCCACCCAUGUGUCUACUCAAGUCAAAGGAACUGCUGGUUAUUUGGAUCCUGAAUACCUGAAGACCUAUCAACUGACUGAUAAGAGUGAUGUUUAUUCAUUUGGUGUGUUACUUGUUGAACUAGUAACAGGUAGGCGACCUAUUGAACCAAAAAGGGAACUAAAGGAACGCAUAACUGCAAGAUGGGCUAUGAAGAAGUUCUCUGAGGGAGAUGCAAUUUCAACCUUGGACCCAAGGCUGGAAAGAACCCCCGUAAAUAACUUGCUCCUUGAGAAGAUUCUUGAGCUAGCCUUACAAUGUCUGGCACUACGCAGACAGAGCCGGCCAAGUAUGAAGCAAUGUGUAGAGAUUCUAUGGGGCAUACGUAAAGACUGCAAAGAGAUAGCAGGUUCAGAUUUUCGUUCGUUUUCCUCAAACUCAAGAUCUACUUCAGUUGGGGAAGGAUAAGCAAAUGGAUGGAUAAAAUCUUGAACUCCAUUUGCAUACAGGAAGGGACAUGGGAAUAGGUAGUAACUGAAAGCCUAAAAGUUGGUUGCUUUCUAAGAUGCGACUGAUUUGAGAGUAGUAAUGCAGGGCGGGGAUACAAGGAGCUAAAAAUUUCUGUAGAACACAUGCGAAUAUAGAAGCUUGAUAAAAAGAAUCUAUCAACUGCAAGAUUAUAGAGAGAACUUGUUCGUGAAUUUGGGUUGUGUAUAGAAAUUGGGUUGGUGAGGAGCGGACUGUAGAGAAGCUCCUCCCUUCUGCUUGAUUCUGCGUUCAUUUCUUUUCAUUUGUGAUUCUUUUUCCACUUGCAUCGUGUGGAAGAUGAGGUCUGUACUUCCGAUUAAUGAACUAAUACUUCUUAUAUACAUGUAAGGAUUAUUUACACCCCUUUUA